UAUAAGAGAUAGCGCUGCACGGAGAGAGAAGUGUCCUGAUGUGGAUGCUGCCUGCGUCCUCGGGGUGGGGACUUGUCAGACAGGUCCUGCCCUUCCCAACCCGGACUUCUAUGUGAACGAGAAAUAACUUUUAUUUUAUGAAUCAUCUGUCACCUUGGGUUCUCGUAUGUUCAACCAAAUCUUAUCCCAACUAAUGCAUCACACGAAGUGUCUGGAGCACACCCCACCUCCCUGCAGGGAGGGUCAUCAGUUCACAAGUCCUGGCUGUGCUCCCAGAGCCUCCCGGCAGCUCUCUGCUCUCUCGUUCUUGAAUAGAUGGCACAGCACAAAGGAUCCAAACAUGGGAGAACAUUUUCCAGUGUUAAACACAGACACCCAGAAAGAAACUUUGAAGAAACAGAGACAAUUCUGGGAGUAAAAGAAGAUGUCAAGAUAAACUUAAAAAUACUGUAAGUUCUCAAAAGAUAAGCCAUAUUUUACAUCCAAACACCCCUUAAAAAUGUAAGAAAAAGAAAAAGUAAAAUAUUCAGAGAACAUUGGAAACUAAAAAUAUAGCUGAAAUAAGAAACAUAAUUGUUGGGCUGGGAAAUAAUGUUGACAAAAAACGGUAGUAGAUAUAUUAGGAGCAAAGAGAUUCAAUCCAAGAGGUCCGAUAGAUAUAUGGAUUCCAGAAUGAGGAAGGAAAAUCGGGUUGGAAGAAAUUAUCAAAUAACGUAGGAAAGUGCCCUUGAGGUUUUCAUAAUGACAGAACUGCUUACGCCCAGCCAUGUUAACGCAAAAAAGAAAAGAGAAAAAAAGAAAAAAGGAAAACCACAUCAAAAGACAUCAUUAUGAAAUUUUAGGAUAUCUGCAUAAAGAGAAUAUUUCCAACAUUUUUCAGAAGCAAAAAUAUCAAGAAUCAGAAGAAAAGACUCCCCAGCAACAAUAGCACAUCCUAGAAAACAAGGGAAGACUACCUUCCACGUUCUAAAGAAAAUUUAUUUCAGCCUCAAAUUCUACGGACACACCCUCGAUCAAGUGUCAGGAUGGAAUGAGGGACAUUCUGAGGCAUGAAAAGAUUCCAAACAUUCGUUUUCCUUGCACUCUUUCUUAGACCAACCACCCCCAUCUCGCUUGGCUGUCUACACAUGUAUUCGCUCCCAUCAGCCAGAUUUCCUGCGCUUCAUUUCUGCUGUGCUACCUGCUUCCUAUGGCCUCCCUCCACACAUCCUCUCUGGGGUUCAAAUCCUACCCAUUCUUCAAGAUGCAGUGGAAGCCCCACCUGCCUGUUGCGGCCAGGACCUCCAUUAACAGCGACCCACUCCCCCUACCCUUCUCAAGCUCUGGAAUCUUCCCUGUACAUUUUGCCACUUGCCUGUGUCUGGCAUUCACGUCUGUGUAUGUCUGAAUUCUCCAACGAGAUUGGAACAGUAUCUUCUUCACGCUUCCAUUUAUGGUGACGGGCAAAUACAGGUGCCCAACGAACAUGUGAAGUUUGUCCUAGUUAAUUAGGGUAUUCUGAUUCCUGAGUCCCGUGUCCUUUCACAACCCCUUUCUAUCCAAGAUAUUUGGGAAGUUCGUUCAAAAGAAAAUUACAAACUCUCAAGAAUUUCAAACAUAGGAAAACCUCCCAACUUCACAAGGACAAAAGUAACUUGGAGGCCGACUUGGUGUUCUAUUCAAUUCAGUAAUGAGCAAUGAUUGUGUUUACUAAAAAAAACAAAACAAAACAAAACAAAAACUGCAGAUCAUGAUUGCAAAAUCAAGUCAACCUAAGGGGAAAAAAAAGCAUAUCAUGACACAUUUCAUGGCAAGUGGUCCUUGCCUGUUACGAAUUAAAUAACGAUACAAGCCAAUUCAUGCCACGUCUCACUGUUGUUUUCUAAAUUCUGUGGCAACAGAGACAGGCUUCAACUGAAAAGAGAGAGGAAUGAAGAGCCUUCUGCUUCUGUUUUUGCUCUGUGUAACGUUUUGCUCCGCGUUUCCUACAGCCCGAAAGAUGGACCCUGAGGAGACCAUGCACCUGGCACAGGCGUAUCUCAACCAGUUCUACUCUCUUGAAAUAGAAGGGAGUCAUCUUGUUCAAAGCAAGAACAGGACUCUCAUAGAUGGCAAAAUUCGGGAAAUGCAAGCAUUUUUUGGAUUGACAGUGACUGGACAGCUGGACUCAAACACUCUUGCAAUCAUGACUACACCCAGGUGUGGCGUGCCUGAUGUGGGUCAGUAUGGCUACACUCUCCCGGGGUGGAGGAGACACAACCUCACAUACAGAAUCGUAAACUACACUCCAGAUAUGUCACAAGCAGACGUGGACGAGGCUAUCAGGAAUGGCCUAGAAGUGUGGAGCAGGGUUACUCCACUAACAUUCACCAAGACUUCCAGGGGGAUCGCAGACAUCAUGAUUGCCUUUAGGACCCGAGUCCACGGUCGGUGUCCUCGUUACUUCGACGGCCCCUUGGGGGUCCUCGGCCAUGCCUUCCCGCCCGGGCUGGGUCUGGGUGGAGACACUCACUUUGAUGAGGAUGAAAACUGGACCAAGGAUGGAGCAGGAUUCAACUUAUUUCUUGUGGCGGCUCAUGAAUUUGGCCACGCACUGGGGCUCUCGCACUCCAAUGAUCAGACAGCUUUGAUGUUCCCAAAUUAUGUCUCUCUGGAUCCUAACAAAUACCCGCUUUCUCAGGAUGAUAUCAACGGAAUCCAAUCCAUCUAUGGGAGUCUACCUAAGGCAUCUGCUAAGCCAAAGGGACCCACUGUCCCCCAUGCCUGUGACCCUGAUUUGACUUUUGAUGCUAUCACCACUUUGCGCAGAGAAGUAAUGUUCUUUAAAGGCAGGCACGUAUGGAGGAUCUAUUAUGACAUCACUGACGUUGAAUUUGAACUAAUCUCUUCGUUCUGGCCAUUGCUGCCAACGGAUAUUCAAGCUGCAUAUGAGAACCCCAAAGAUAAGAUUCUAGUUUUUAAAGAUGACAACUUCUGGAUGAUCAGAGGAUAUGCAGUCUUGCCAGAUUAUCCCAAAUCGAUCCAUACACUUGGCUUCCCAAGACAUGUGAAGAAAAUCGAUGCGGCUGUCUGUGACCACAGCCUAAGAAAAACCUACUUCUUUGUGGGCAUCUGGUGCUGGAGGUUUGAUGAAACGACCCAAACCAUGGACAAAGGGUACCCACGGAGGGUGGUGAAGUACUUCCCAGGAAUUGGUCUCCGAGUUGAUGCCGCCUUCCAGUAUAAAGGAUUCUUCUAUUUCUUCCGUGGAUCAAAGCAGUUUGAAUAUGACCCUAAGGCAAAGAACAUUACCAGAAUGAUGAAAACCAAUACUUGGUUUCAGUGCAAAGAACCAUUAAACUCAUCAUCUGAUUUUAGUGUCAGUGAGGAAGAAGUACACUCCGGAGGAGUAGAGAUGUUUUAUCGUACGAAUGUAAACUUGCUUAUUUUCAGUAUUGUUCAUGUGCUAAAAAAAUAUAUAUAG